AUGGCAUCCUUAGCCCUGUGCGCCACCGUGGGCCGAUCUCACAAGGUAAAAAACUCAGACUCUGGGCCCCUGCGUAUACAGGCCCCUCCCAGGAGUGCUCAUACACUGUCAACGCCCAACCAGACCACAGGGCAAAAUAACGGCUUGUGGAAAGUGGGAAAACUCAAUCUCUUUCACUCCUGCGACGCUAUAAAGGGGAAACGUAAGCGCAAGCCCCUAGCCCAACAAACUCUGACAGUGUUUGAUAAUCUACGCGAGCGGCAUGCGAACGUCCCGGAGGCUGCACACUGGAAUCAUCUGGACACAAAAGUGGGCAUCCACUGUAUUUCAUCAUGCAACACUUCAACGCCAGUAUGUUGCUGCUGCUGCCCCUGCUUCUCAAGUAAACAUUAA